AUGCGGGCCAUCGACAAGCCCCUCUUUGCAACCUUCACCUUCUUUCUGACGGCGAACCUCAACAAGACGGGCAUCACCAAAAACCCUCUGGCCGCUGAGCUGGCCAGGGAGGCCCAAGCCUCUUUUAUUUCUCUGCAGGAGAUCGAUGUGAACUAUCUCUCUGCUCCCGGCUUUGUGGAGGCUUGGCGGCACGAGGGCUACAGUGCGCUCCUGAGCGCUGGCGAUGUGAACAAGGGCUCACAUAGGGUGGCUUUGGUUUCGAAAGUGCCCCUUCGACAGGUCAAUCUGGGUUUGGCUAGGGCGCAACCGCGCCAUGUAGCUGGGCUGGUGGAGCUGUGCAGCGGCUCCCGCAAGCAUCACCUCUUAGUGAUUGCGGCCUACGGCUUUCCUGGCGAUCUGGAGGCCACCUCUGAAAUGCUGCGCGAACUGGUGGAGGCUGCGCGGGCCUUUGGUGGCUCCUUUGUGAUCUUCGGUGACUUCAACGCUACUGCAGACGAGGGCUACAUCGUCGAAGCUACUGCGAGUGGAGUGGUGAACGUGCUGGACGCCGACUUCGAGGAGGCCCUCCCCUUCACCAACCCCUACCGCGCGGACCCGAACACCGGAGAAAAGCGACGCACCCGCCGCAUCGACUAUGCCAUCGCGGACCGCAGUACUCUGGCCAGCAGGGUGGAGCACUUUGAGCGUCCGGACCUUUCGGACCACCUCUGUGUGCGCUGUGACCUCGAGGUGGAGUGCCGCCGAUCUGACUACGUGCUCCCGAAGUUCCAGGAGCUCUCACUGCAAGAUGAGGCGGCCAUUGGACUCAACUUCGACGCCGUCUGGGACGAAGAGCUGUUCUCCACCUACCUCGACGCGGAUCAAAAAAAGAUCAGCUGGACGAGGCCUGGACGCAGCUCUCGGAUGUGGCCGAGUGCUCUCUGGGUGCCGACUUCUUCGGCUGGGCGGACAGAAGCAGACGUAGCUCCUUUUGGGAACCUGUGCGACCUCGACGAGCUGAGCACCGAUGCGGAGAGCGUGGGCACGAGUCUCGUGCAACGCAACUUCUUCGUGGCCUCCUUGGGCGACUGUCUCAGCUUCGUCAACAGCCUCACGAUGAACACCUUCAACGUGCUAUUCGACGAGGUUGUGGUCAGCUGCGGCGCGUGGUUUCGGGCUUCCCCUACAUCGACCUCUGCUACAUCGACGCCUCCAUCGACGCCGUCUCCGAGCUCUACAACGUCUACUCGGAGCAGGAGCGCAACGCAAGGCUGGAAAGAUGGCGUGUGGACACGCAACAGCAGUGGGCCAAGGCCCACACCUGGGUCAAGCGCAAGGCUGAGGAGGCGUUGA